AUCAUCCUAGCAACCAUUGCCUCCUAUGGCAACUGACAUUGUUUAUUCCAACACCUGCCUCCAGCUCGGUUUUCCAUUCGAAGCCCCGACUAGAAGCCAGUUGGUCCUGAAACUAAGUUUUUAUUGAAAAAAUUAGAUUGUAAAAAAAUACAAAAUGGUGAAUUUUGUAUAUCCGGAGGAGUUGUACAUGUUCGUGGAGAGCAUCCGUCCGUUUGAGAUCCGCGACGUGGGCAGCAGCAAGUGGUUGGAGGUGCACGAGAUGGUGAUCAAGCUGAGCCAGCAAGCGGCUCUGGAGCUGGCCCAGAACCGCGAGGAGGAGGUCAAGGAGUUCCUCAUCUCGCGCGAUAAGCUGCGUCUGCUGAUUCACGAGGCCUACUGCGUGACCCUGUGGAAGACCCGUGUGUUGCCGCAUCUCUUGGAGAUCGAUCCCAAUCCCCAGGCCACUUUCCUUAUCUACACGGUGCUCUACCACGAGGCUGCAGUCGUGGCCCUUCUGGACGUGUGCCUGUACCAUCCAAGUGGCUGUGAGACUUUGCAGGAAUCGGUGCUGGAUCUGGUGGACUAUUGUGCCCAGGCAGUGGCCCAAGUGAUCGGGUUGGUCAGCAUGGGCUACCAUGAGAACGAAUCCAAGCUGGAUGUGGAUGAGGCUGUCCUCACUGAGCUGGAGCGCCAAAAGCGCGACCUCAUCUACAAAAUCGGCUUGCGAUGCAUCUCCAUUUUAAAUUAUCUGGCCGACAACAUCGAGCUGUUCCACUUGAGUGCCAAACGUCGUAUGUUGGUUACCCACGACAUUCCCUGGCUCAUGGUGGAUGUCCUUUGUUUCCGUCCCUGGCAGAGAAAGACUAGCAAGGGAUUGCAGAAAUUCAUCGACGAGAAGUGGACCAACGUGGAUGACGCUGCCAAGGUUGUCAAGCCAGAGGGCCAGGCUUGGUUCUGUGUGAGGCAACUUCUUCUCAAUCCCCAGGCCAUGGAGCAAUACACUUUGAAUGAACCUCGUUGCAAGCAGUUGUACAAGCUUCUGGGUCUCAUGCACGAGACUCUACUGGAUCAGUUGCCACCUCUAAUCGAGCUGAAGCAGUUCCUCAGCCGACUGACCCUGACAGGGAACUCGGCUUCCAAAUCCGAGACUCUGUUGCUGGAGGACAUUCCCCAAAUUCAAGAGGAGCUAAUGAAAGAAGUAGAACGCGAUGGGGGUUUCUACCAGAUUGCCCAGGCCCAGGAUUCAGUCUUCUUGAGCAAGAACAAGGACGACAUCUGUGCCUUGGCUACUCGCCUGAGCACCGCCUACGGCACGGAGCAACUUUGCGAACUGGAGAAGGCCCUUGACGAGACAGCCGACAAGGAAGAGCCGGUACCCAGCGACUCGGGUGCCGGCGGGGAUGGGGGUUCCACCGAGCACCACUGUGCCACCUGUCAGGCCAAGGCCAAGAAGAAGUGCGCCAACUGCAAGCAGGUGCACUACUGUUCCCGUGACUGCCAGCUCAAGGAUUGGCCGCAGCACAAGACGACCUGCAUGAAGGAAUAAUUCCAAUUAAUUUUCUAAUAAUUUGUAACCAUAUUUAUCUCGUUUACGUAAUA